AUUGCAGAUAGAAACAGUCGAGCAGUGGAAGGAAGACGGACGUGCGAUCGAAGGCGGGCGGUAGUAUCGCAAUUCUAGGCUUUUUAUAUCUGCUUUAAAUCACAGUUAGAGUUCACAUUUAAUGCAUAUGUAGAUGUGUAGGUGUCAUUCUGCGCUAGAAUACAUCUAGUAAGUUUGAACCCGUUUACCAUGGACUGACAGGUGGAUUCUCCUCAGACGACGCAAUCUUCAAUAUUUACGUUUAACAUCGUUCUCCAAAAUUAAAACCUGCUUCAUUCUCAGGAGGACUUCAAAGUGCACCAUUAAGACAUGCAGAGCUCUGGACUGUGUUGACCGGCGGUCUCUGUACAAACAUGGAGCCUUGUGCCGAGUCUCAGGGGGAUCCUGAGCGAGCUCUGCAUCAUGCAGAGAACAGAGAACAACCCGCUGUGCCAGCUGCUCUAAUGCCUGGGGAUGAUGCAGCUCUUUUGACCCCGGGAAGAAUGAGUCAGCGUGGGAAGGAGGCGGGGCUGCACACGCCCAGUAAAGACCUGCUCACAAGCCCCUCCCUCAGCCCGGGCGUCAGCUACAGUCACGGUUUCGAUCGUAGCAAAGAGGAGAUCUUGCCUCUUAAAGAGGACUCCUUACACUCCAUAUCCAAGAGCAAGUCGGAAACCAAGCUCUAUAACGGCUCGGAUAAAGAUGUUUCAGCCUCUGGAAACAAACUCACCAAGAAGGAGUCGCUCAAGGUGCAGAAGAAGAACUACAGAGAAGAGAAGAAGCGAGCCACUAAAGAACUUCUCAGCACCAUCACAGAUCCGUCCGUCAUCGUCAUGGCCGACUGGCUGAAGAUCCGUGGCACGUUGAAGAGCUGGACCAAACUGUGGUGCGUGUUGAAACCGGGGGUUCUGCUCAUCUACAAGACCAAUAAGAACGGUCAGUGGGUUGGCACAGUGCUGCUCAACGCCUGUGAGCUCAUCGAGAGACCCUCCAAAAAAGACGGCUUCUGCUUCAAACUCUUUCACCCGCUGGAACAGUCGAUAUGGGCCGUGAAGGGUCCUAAAGGUGAAGCUGUGGGCUCCAUCACUCAGCCGUUACCCAGCAGUCAUCUGAUCUUCAGAGCGGCCUCAGAGUCUGACGGUCGGUGUUGGAUGGAUGCUCUUGAAUUGGCCCUGAAAUGUUCUAGUUUGUUGAAGAGAACCAUGAUCAGAGAGGGCAAAGAGGAGACGGGACAGACCGCAGAACACUCGCACAUCAACUUCUACAGUCUGCUGCGAGCGCACAACAUACAGGGCUUUCAGUUUAAUGACAGCGAUCAGUUUAAGGAUCCAGACCUGUACUCGGAUAAGUCUGAUCGGGAGAACGAGCAGGAACAGGAGGAGUGGGAGAAUGAGGUGAUGGACAAGAGCGAGGAGUCAGACAGCGACACGUCAGAGCGACAGGAAGACUCGUACGUCGACCUGGAUGAGAUGCUGAGAGAAACGGUGUACAUAGAGCAGACGGACGAAGAGCUGGGAGAGGCCGGCGAGGCGUCGCAGACUGAAACGGUAUCGGAAGAGAAUAAAUCUCUUAUUUGGACUCUGCUGAAGCAGGUCCGGCCCGGCAUGGACCUUUCCAAAGUUGUCCUGCCCACCUUCAUCCUCGAACCGCGAUCUUUCCUGGACAAACUCUCCGAUUAUUACUUCCACGCUGACUUUCUGUCUGAAGCGGCUGUUGAAGAAAACGCUUAUAACCGAAUGAAGAAAGUGGUCAAAUGGUACAUUUCUGGGUUCUACAAGAAGCCGAAGGGUUUGAAGAAACCGUACAACCCCAUUAUUGGAGAAACCUUUCGUUGUUUGUGGAUUCACACCAGGACAAACAGCAAAACCUUCUACAUCGCCGAACAGGUAUCCCAUCAUCCCCCUGUGUCAGCCUUCUAUGUGAGUAACAGGAAAGACGGCUUCUGUCUCAGCGGCAGCAUUCUGGCGAAGUCCAAGUUUUAUGGGAAUUCGUUAUCAGCCAUCUUGGAUGGUGAAGCCAGACUGACAUUUCUGAACAGAGGAGAGGACUAUGUGAUGAACAUGCCCUACGCUCACUGUAAAGGUAUUCUGUAUGGUACUAUGACUCUGGAACUGGCCGGUCAGAUCACUAUCGCCUGUGAGAAAACAGGCUACAGCGCUCAGCUAGAGUUCAAACUCAAGCCGUUUCUCGGCAGUAGUGAUAUUGUGAAUCAGAUCUGUGGGAAGAUCAAACUGGGGAAGGAGGUUCUGGCUACACUGGAGGGGCACUGGGACAGUGAGAUCUUCAUUAACGAUAAGAAGACGGGUGAGAUGGAGACUUUCUGGAACCCCACGCCUGAGCUGAGACAGAGCAGAUUGACCCGCUGCAACGUCCCUCCCGAGGAACAGGGCGAGUUUGAGUCCGAGAGGUUGUGGCAACACGUGACGCGGGCCAUUAAUAAUAAGGACCAGACGGAGGCGACCAAUGAGAAGUUUAUCCUGGAGGAGGCUCAGAGGAAGGCCGCACGGGAGCGCAAGGCCAAGUGUGAGGACUGGACGCCCGGUCUGUUUGAGCAAGACCCCGCCACAGGAGAAUGGCAUUACCGAUAUGCCGACACUCGUCCGUGGGAUCCGCUCAAUGAUCUGGUUCAGUUCGAGAAAGACGGCUGUAUUCAGACCAAAGUGCGCCACAGGACGCCUAUGGUACGUUCAGCCAGUGUAGUUAGUCUCAGUACCCAGCAGGGCACCCGGAGAGACAAUUACCUGAGCCAGGUAACAGGACCAAAACGAAAACACAAGACUGACAAACCUAAGAGUCCAGAAAGCGGCUGCUCGUCUCCAGAACCAGACCGUCAGGACUCGUCAGGCAGCGAGAGGCACAAAAACAAACACAGCAGCCGCCUCAGGAAGAAGGGAACAGAUCUGAGUGAACUCCAAACUGCCAUCGAGUCCAUCAGACAAACGCAGGAAAACAUUAACAGGAGCGUCAACACCCUGAGGGGGCGAGUGGCGAAUCAGUCGACGACAGAGAGCUCGUUCCUCACGCACAGAGACGUCGCCCUCAUCCUCUUCCUCAUCUUCCUCCAAGUUCUCCUCAACUUCCUUUUUAAGUAACGCCACGUACUACUGUGACCUUCACGAGCCCACGUCUACGAAGACGACUGACCCGGAAGAAAACAAAUAUGUCACUCCAUCCCGAUAUCCCUUAAUAUCGUCUCGCAACACGUUCGCCUUUUACUUGUUUUUUUAUAUGGAUUUGUGUUGUGCUGGCUGCAGAGAACAGCCAUUUAAACCCAGCUGCCUUCUCUUGAGGAGAAGUGCAUUGUGGGAUGUUUUAGAAUCUGUUAACUUUUAUUCUUUGGACAAUUCCUUCAACUAUACACUUAAAAAGUUUUACAAACAUUUUCAAUGAGCGCCCCCUGCUGUAAUGGAGGACUUUGGUAAAACUUCAAAGGACAUGGGUGAACCUCUCCUGUCGAGAACAUGUCAGGCUUAUGUUUCAGCUUGAAAUUCAAGGAAGUAAAUAAGACAUUAUAUUUUGCAUAAACUCCCAUUUUUUUAUGUCCCAAUUGUUUUAAUUGUUCUCUGUGCAAAAUAUAAUUUCUUUGGGGUUUGUUUAAUUCCCUGUCCUGUUUUUAAAAGAUUGCCCCAAAAAACAAAGUAAAAAAGAGUUCAAUAUGUUACUAAUAUUUUACAGUUUUAUUAAAUGAAUGAAGGAAAUUGUAAGUCAAGGUCAGUUUUGUAUUAUUUAAAACUGUUUCAGAAACAAGUUCACACGCUAGAAAUAUUCAUUGUUAUUGGAGGAUGUGAAUUGUGAAUUUCAAGCGGUAAAUGUUUAAUUUAUAUGAACUGUUACUGAACGACUCUUAAGGGUGUACAGUAUACAGAGCGUCGCUUUUAAUAUUAUUAUGAGGAAUAAGUAGAUUAGGUGUAGUUCAUCUGUAGCAGGAAAAUUCUGUCACGUAUUCUUGUAGUUGCUUGAGUCGUCUGCCACCGUUACAUCUGACUCGAUGUACUUUUAAGCCAAAUAGUCAGAGACUAGAGUAGACACGUGUAUAUAGUCAAUAAUCUAUUUCUUUUUUUAUUUCUAGAGAAACUGUGUGUAUUAGCCAGACACAGUCACCCACAGCCCAUGUGUCGACGUGUGUUUGUUUGGUCACCUGAUCACUUGCAAUUGGAUGCUUGAAUGUGCUCAUGUCUGUAAUAACUACUAAAGAAAACAAUGUGCCUUUACAAGCAGGUCUUAAAUGGGAGACGGGCCCGAGUUUAAGUCAGACUGUUUAUUUCCUACUGUGAUGUUUUCUUUUCUCUCUCUUUGAAUGAAUGUGCCAUAUUUAGUCUUAGAGAAGAAGCCUCACGUCCCAGCGUAUCAUAAUGUCGCCCACUGUGACUUUUAGUUUUGUCCUAGAGCUAUAACCUGCCAUAGAUUGUAUUCUUCGCCCUCUUUAUAGUCACAAGGCACCAAUCCAGGGAUCGAACCAUGCGGCAUCACUAUUACAAAUUCAUGUUCUUUUACACCAGGCACACCACAGUUGAGCUCAUUGUUUGUUUUGUUAACAGUUAUUCUGUGUGCACCAGGCUCUUUAUGAACAGUUUUUACUCCAGGUGGUUAACUCUGGAUUCAGCUGUCACUCAAGAACAUUUCACGCACCUGUGUCUGUGUACAGACCAUGCUUUAUUCGUAUUACAGAAAUAACUUCAUGUACCUUCAUUGUCACCUGUGACAUGUCCAAAUAAAUGGAAAAGACUACAAUCCUGA